CAGCGCGCGACUAAACCCGAGUUUAAAUAAUAACGAAUCGGUUAGAAUUCUCACUAAAAGCCGUUAAUCUGCUGAAGCGCCUCGUGACGUGUCAUUAGAACAACCGACAUUUUAGUCGCUGUCUUUUCUUUUUUUCCUCUCUCUCUCUCUUUUUGACUGUCGAAACCAAAAACCGAGCCUUCUGGCAGGAUUUGUAAGGAGAGAAAAGUUGUUGUUUAUGAAAUUAAAUAAACGACCUUGAACUAAUCCGAAAUAAUCUGCUGUUUGUUGUUAUGUCGUUAGCUUGCUAGCUAGAGCUCCUGUUUACUCACAGCGCGCGAGGGAUUUACAUCCACUCAGAGUGUGUUUGUGUUUGUGUGUGCGUGUGUGUCCGCGUCUCAACUUUUAGUUCGGCACGUCUCCAGAUAAAUAAAAAAAAAUACUUGCAUUCCCGAGAUAGAUAAGAAGAAGGACUUUUAAAAAAUAAUAUAUAUUAAAAACGGAGAAAUAAGAGGUUGUGUAAGAUAGCUAGCCGCCUGAAGUGAACUUGUCGCAGUUAAGUCUGAUGUCUGAUCAGAGUUCAGAUGAAGAUGUGGAUCCUGAAUCGGAGCAAGCGGAGGAGCUGGCAGGAAUCCUCAGCAAGUGGACCAACUAUAUCCACGGGUGGCAGGACCGCUGGGUUGUACUGAAGAACAACACAAUAAGCUACUAUAAGUUCGAGCACGAGCGAGAGUAUGGCUGCCGAGGGUCACUCUGCCUCAGCAAAGCUGUCAUCAAGCCUCAUGAGUUUGACGUGUGCCGCUUCGACAUCAGUGUAAAUGAUAACAUUUGGUACCUACGGGCUGAAGAUCCCGAACUCCGGCACCAGUGGAUCGAUACCAUUGAACUCCACAAGGCUGAAUCAGGCUAUGGUUCAGAGAGCAGUCUGCGGCACCAUGGAUCCAUGCUGUCCCUCACUUCUGCUACAAGCGGCCUCUCAACCACCUCCACAUCUUCCUUUAAGAAAGGCAACAGUCUCAGAGAGAAGCUGGCAGAGAUGGAGACUUUCCGGGACAUUCUGUGCAGACAAGUGGACACACUGCAGCACUACUUUGACAGCUGUGCAAGUGGAGAUUUCAGAGAUGAGUUCUUCAGGGACAAGGUAAUGGAGGAUGACGAAGAUGAUUUUUCCACCUUACGGCCAGAUGGAGACUACCUCUUCAACAACAACAGCAGCAAAGAGCAGUUAUUCUCUAUGGCCAGCUCCAGAGGUCCCACUGGCAUUGAUUUCAAAGGUGAAGCCAUCACUUUUAAAGCCACCACAGAAGGCAUACUCUCUACAAUGUCCCACUGCAUUGAGAUCAUGGUCAAACGUGAGGAGAACUGGCAGAAGCGACUGGAUAAAGAAAUAGAACAGAGGAGGCGAGUAGAAGAAUCCUAUAAGUCAGCCGUAACAGAACUGAAGAAGAAACCUCACUACGGAGGACCAGACUACGAAGAGGGACCAAAUAGUCUCAUCAAUGAAGAUGAGUUCUUUGAUGCUGUAGAAGCAGCUCUGGAUAAGCAAGACAAGAUUGAGGAGCAGACUGAGAAGUGCAGGACCACUUGGCCAUUUACACUUAGCUCCUCUGUUAAUGCUCACAAAUACACCAACAAGCCUCUUAGUCAUGCUUCCUCAGUGUCCUUUCUCGACUUAGUCAGUGCUUCCGAUGAUGUGCACAGACUCAGUGCUCAGGUGGAAGAAAUAAUACACAGUCACAUGACCCACUCUUUACAAGAUGUAGGCGGAGACGCUAAUUGGCAACUUGUUACAGAGGAGGGUGAGCUGAAGGUGUACAGGAGAGAAGUGGAGGAGAACGGCGUCGUGUUGGACCCCCUCAAAGCCACACAUGCUGUUAAAGGGGUUACAGGUCAUGAGGUCUGUCAUUACUUCUGGGACACAGCCUUCCGGAACGACUGGGAAACAACCGUCGAAAACUUCAGUGUGGUAGAGACAUUAUCAGACAAGGCGAUGAUUAUUUACCAGACUCACAAGAGGGUGUGGCCUGCUUCACAAAGGGACAUUCUUUAUCUGUCAGUUAUACGCAAAAUCCUCUCCACCAAUGAGAAUGAACCAGAUACGUGGAUUGUUUGCAAUUUCUCUGUAGAUCACGACAGAUAUCCACCCACAAGCAGGUGUAUCCGUGCCAAAAUCAAUGUGGCCAUGAUCUGCCAAACGCUCGUCAGUCCACCAGAGGGCAACAAAGAGAUCAGCCGAGACAAUAUCCUCUGUAAAAUAACUUAUGUAGCCAAUGUGAAUCCAGGGGGAUGGGCACCAGCAUCAGUCUUGCGUGCGGUGGCCAAACGUGAAUAUCCGAAAUUCUUAAAGCGUUUCACAUCUUAUGUUCAAGAUAAGACCAGCGACAAAGCAAUCCUCUUUUAAAACAGGUUGCCAUCCUCCUUUAAACAUAUCCACAAGAGGCCUUAUCCAUCCCAUCACACUCUUAAAUCUCAAUCUGAGCAAGAGCUUCCGAGAACUACUUUACCCAGAAGUCUUUUAUCCACUAAUCUUGUGAAACACAAUGUUCUGGAUCAGGAAUAUCAAUGUUCUUAUACCAGGUUCCAGAAGAUCGGAAGGUAGUCGUUUUACACAAUGAUUACAUAUACAGUACAGUCUAGGGGAUGUAGGGAUGUUUUAGGGGAUGGUUACCGGUUGUUUCUGUCUGCUUUGGCUUUUUAUAAGAGUUAAGGUGUUUACUUUGUAAAUAUUGGUAUUCAUAUUACUUGCACAUUGUUUGACUAACGUCUUUAUUAAAAAUAAAACACUAUAAGCUUGAACACCUUUAAUGAAAAGCUUUCUCACUUAAUAACAGGUUUCCUUAGGCCUUAUAUAGUUUUCCUUUGUCGGGGUAUAAUUUCUCUGCUUUGAUCGAUAAAGAAUGUGAAGAGCUUUAAAUACAAACUUUUUUUUUUUAGUGCCCUAUGUCUUAAUGUUAUGUAUAUAAUUUUGUGUAUGCUGUAUGUAUGUGGUAGAGGUGAAAACAUGCAGGAUGCAGAAGUUGAAGAACUGGAUGGCGUUAUUUUUUUAAUUGGGUUGUCAGAUAAUUACACUGUUAAAAAAAUUUAAAAAAUGGUGAAGAUUAAUAUCCACUUUUGUAAAUGUUUAGUUAAACAUUUCACCAAAUAACGCAGAACUACCUUCCUUUGAUCGUUCACUUUGGAUAUGCCCUUAUGUUAUACACAAGGCAGAAGUAUAUUUACCAGGUAUUCACUCGUAAUGGAGGAGCGUCAUUUCAUGAUUUCAUUGGUUCUGAAUACAAUGUAUCAUAUUUAUCUGUAUCCUUAUUGGACAGAAUAACUUGAAGCAUAUACAGUACAAGAAGUGUUGUUGUUGUUGUUGUUGGUAGCCCAUGCUCAAAGUGAGAGUUUUGGGUUCACCUUAUUAUAAGACUUAAUUUUGUUAACCACAAAGAAGUCUGUGUUAAUGUUAAUAUUUGCACUAAUUAUAAGAGCGUUGCUUUACAAUCAGUUUAGACAUAUUGCCAAAUGAGAAUCGUAUGUGUGUAUGAAUUUAUAGAGGGUGGUAUGUAUGAAAAAUUAUACACAUUAUAAUGCCUGUUAAUCUGUAACACUGAGCUUUCCGGAAUCAAUUAAUCUUUUUUUUUGUUUGUUUUUUUUGAGGAAUUUAUUUGUGAAUAUGCAGUAAGUAAAUGUAUCGUUCAUAUGUUUAUAGCACUUUGGAAUGAUUAAAGCAUAUGAUUAUGUGAA